AUGCCGCCUUCCAGAUACCCACCCCCUCUGUCCCUUCGCUGCGUAGCGGCAUCUUGCCCUAUCCCCAUAACCAUCAUGCUCCUCCUCGUCCUCUACUUCUCGGGAGGAAGCGGAUCCCCUACCGCUUCGUCACCACGGUACACCCAAACAGGCGUCUACUUCAAUUCGACCGGAACGGCCGCCUACGCGUCGGCGACACUCUACAAUCCCGCCGCUGCCCCAACGCCCAACUACUUCGACUCGGUCCCUCCGGGCUAUACUUCCCCUCAAGCCCCCGCCCCUCUCAACCGUACCUCUCUCAACCCCUCUCCGCGAUGGGACGCCGCCUACACCAAAGCGCGAGCCUACCUCUCCAACUGGACUCUCGAGGAGAAAGUCCAGCUCGCCACCGGCGCAGGCUGGCAGAUCGGUCGGUGCCUCGGAAACAUCCCCGCUAUCCCCUCCCAAAAAUUCCCCGGUCUGUGCCUGCAGGACUCACCCCUCGGCGUCCGGCUCGCAGACUACGUAUCGGCGUUUCCGGCGGGGAUCAAUGUGGCGUCCACGUUUGACAAGGAUCUGAUGUAUGCCAGAGGAUAUGCGAUGGGGGAGGAGUUCAAGGGCAAGGGAGCGAACGUUGCGCUGGGGCCAGCGACGAACAUGGGUCGAGUGGCGGCUGGCGGCAGGAACUGGGAAAGCUUCGGGGGUGAUCCAUAUCUGUCGGGAUGGGCGACCGAGAUGACGGUCAAGGGCAUGCAGGAUGCGGGUGUCCAGGCUGUAGUCAAGCACUAUGUCGGAAACGAAGUCGAGCGGAAGCGCGAGAUGUCCUCCUCCAACAUCGACGACCGGACCCUACGUGAGAUCUACGUCCACCCAUUCCUCCGAGCGGUCCAGAGCGACGUCGUCUCCGUCAUGGCAUCCUACAACCUCAUCAACGGCAGUUGGGCCAGCCAAAACGCGCAAACGCUCAACCAGAUCCUCAAGACGGACCUCGGCUUUCAAGGCUACGUCAUGUCCGAUUGGCAAGGGACGCACUCGGGCGUCCUGGCCGCCAUCAACGGGCUGGAUAUGACCAUGCCGGGCGAUAUCGUCUUCAAUUCCGGUGACAGCUAUUUCGGGUACAAUCUCACGGCGGCGGUACGCAACGGGAGCGUCAGUACGGCUCGGCUUGAGGAUAUGGCGGAGCGGAUACUGGCGGGGUGGUUCUUGGUUGGACAAGAUGAGGGGUAUCCGGCUGUGAACUUCGAUUCGUUCAGACGGUUGUCGACUCUGAACAAUUCGCACGUCGAUGUGAGAGCGGAUCACGACGUGGUCAUUCGGGAGAUCGGAGCAGCUUCAACCGUCCUGCUUAAGAAUGUCAACUCUACCCUCCCCCUCAAGCGCCCCCGAUCCAUCUUCCUCGCCGGCUCAGAUCUCGCCCCCUCCCCUCGCGGUCCGAACGGCUUUGAAGAUCGCGGCGGUCUUAAUGGCACCCUCGCUAUGGGUUGGGGAUCAGGUACCGCGGAAUUCCCCUACCUCGUGGACCCACUCACCGCCAUCUCCUACCAAGCACGGCAUGACCGGUCCCUCCUCGACUGGCACUUUGACGACUGGGACCUCAAGACCCUUCAGGCACGCGCGCAGACCGCUCAGGCGGACCUGGUGCUCGUCGGCGUUCACUCGGACUCGGGCGAAGAGUACAUCACGUACGACGGGAAUGUCGGGGAUCGGAACAACCUCUCUGCGUGGAAUAACGGCGACAAUGUCGUGCUGGCAGCGGCGAACGUCUCAUCCAAUGUCGUGGUCAUCGUCCACUCGGUCGGGCCGAUGGAUAUGGAGAAGUGGAUUGAGCAUCCGAAUGUCACGGCGGUAUUGUGGGCGGGUUUGCCAGGACAGGAGAGCGGCAACUCUUUGGUGGAUGUGCUGUAUGGCGCGUACAGCCCGUCGGGGCGAUUACCGUAUACGAUCGCCAAGCGGCGAGAGGACUAUCCGGCCGAUAUCGACUAUGUCCCCGUCCGAGGCCCACCGUAUCAGCCCCAGGUCAACUACACGGAGGGACUCUUCAUCGAUUAUCGCCAUUUCCAGGAAAGGAAAAUCACGCCUCGGUACCCUUUCGGAUUCGGAUUGUCAUACACCAAGUUCAACUAUACCAACCUCCUCAUUACUCCCCUGACCCAAACGUCCAACAUCCAGGAACACCACUCGCGGAACGUCCAUCAUGCCGGUGCAUCCGGCGGCAACACGACUCAAGUCGGCUCAUCUCUUACCCCAUACCUCCAAGACCCAUUCUACCAUGUCUCCAUCGACGUCCAGAACGUGGGCAAUAUUACAGGCUGCGAGGUGCCACAGCUCUACCUGUCUUUCCCGGCGAGUACGGGCGAGCCGCCCAAGGUGCUUAGGGACUUUAGCAAGGUCAAGCUCUGGCCAUGGGAUGCGAAGCGGGUCGAGUGGACUUUGAGCCGGUAUGAUUUGAGUAUAUGGGAUGUGGCGGCGCAGAGGUGGAAGAUACCGGACGGGGAGAUGGGUGUUGUGGUUGGCAAGGAUAGUGCGGAUGAGGGGGUCAAGGGGAUGUUCUGUCCGGGGCAGUGCUAG